CGACUUUUUGCUGGCACGGCAGACGUCCUUCGCUGGAGGCGCGUUCUUGGUCGAUAUAGGCUGCAAACGCGCAGAAAAUAGCGUUGAAAUGCGCUGACUUAUGUCACUUUCGCGACUCAACCUCCUUCGACCUCAAGUCCUUCCUCACAUUCGUGUCAUACAGCUCAUCCAACGCCGCCAACAGAUACAUAUCAAGCUAUAUGGAGUGCGAACCUAUUCGAAAGGUAUCUCCAAGUAUGGGCAAGUCGUCGCAAAACGCGACCGACAAAGCGAGGUUUACGCACCUCCCGUCUCCGGGUCUUCUCUGCCCACGGCUACCUUAUUGGAGCGGAUCAACAACUCAUAUUCGUCAAACAACUGGGAGGAUACAACGACUGAGGGUACAGCGGAGAAUGUCCCUCGGAACACGGAGGGAUCGGCAGGGGCGGACACGGAAUCGCUGGACGCGUACUUCGCCCUCCGACACAGAGAUCGUGGCACCAUCCUCCAACUUCCACCAUCCGUAUUCACCCGCCUGUCCCAGAGCGCAUUCAGCCUCGAAUCCGUGGCCGCGUUGGCGGACGUCGCCCAGGACGCCGUGGAGGCCUUCGCGCGCGACGAAGACGAACGCGCCCGUCAGCUGCGGCAUCUCAUAAACCUCGCCGCCCGCCUCCCGGACUUCCCCCGCCUUCGGAUCCUCUCCAUGCUGCGCACGCUGCAGCUCUGCACCAACGUGCCCAUGACCCUGUCGCAAACGACGCUCGCCGCGCUCCUCGACGGCAUCUUCCGGGCCCCCUCCCCAGAAACGCGCGUCGACCGCGCCGUGCUCCGGCUCAUCCAACCGCUUUUCGUCGCGUACAUCCGCGACGACGAGCUCUCCGCCCGCUCCUUCAUACAGCGCUCGGCCCGCACCGCGCACGCCGACUUCGUCUGGGCCGCCUUCGCCGCCGUCGUCCGGCUCGCGCACUGCAGCCUCCCCCAGGAAUCGUUCGCGCUCUUCGAGGCGCUCACCGAGGCGGGCUACGUCCCGCCCGAGGCGACGCGCGACCCGCUCGUGCAAUCCGGCACGUCCUUCGAGGCCAUCGUCCUCGCCGGCCUCGUCCGCGCCGCGCUGCACUGGGGCUGGCUCGGGCGCGCGAUCGCGCUCCUGGACGACCGCGCGGACCAUGUGUCGGCGAUCGAGCCCGCGCUGCACGACUUUAUCGUCGACGUCAUGUACUCGCUCCUCCGCGGCGGAAAACCGAACCACGUCCGCGCGGCGGCGACGGUGCUCGCCAAGAUCGUCCGGCGCGGGUACGCCACGCGGCGGUUUCCGCCCGACCGCCUCUUCCGGCUGUUCUACGACCGCGCGCUGCACUACAGGCUGUCGAGCGUCGCCGCGUUCGUGUUUUCCGCGACGGUGCCGGGCGACCGCGAGCACCGGUUCCCGGUCCCGGCGGGCCCGAGCUUUUUGUGGCUGUUCAAGCACCUGGCGGUGGAGGAGAAGAACGUGCAUUUGGCGAGGGUGCUCGUGGAGCGGCUCGCGGAGCAGCAGGAGGAGACGCCGAUCUCGAUGUACAGCCGCGGCAAGAUCGUGGCGAUCGCGGCGGAGAACGGGUACGGGCGGUCGGCGCGCACGGUGUGGGAGCGGUGGAUGAAGGAGAGGGAUUGGAGGCAGGUGGCGGGGUACGCGCCGGCGAUGCUGCGCUUGGUGAGCCUGUAUAUGGCGAAGGUGCGCCGGAUCGAGGAGCGCUUGCCGGAGGGCGUGGUGGAUAUGUUGGACGCGGAGGAAGGCGAGGCGAUCGUCCGUCCGCCUAGCGCCGAGCAGGAGGAGAAGCGUCUCGCCGCCCUUGCCCGCAGGCAACACCAAAGCGUCGUCGCCGAAAGUCUCGACACGGACGUUAUAGGAUACGAGGCGGAGGACGACUCGCAGAAGAAGAAGGAAUCGGCGUCGUCGCCGCCUGCGGAGAUGCCGGACGACGACGAUCUCCUUGGCUACGGCGAGGAGGUGCGCGACCAGGUCGCUCUCAUGAAGGACUACCUCGACUUUGCGCAACGGGUCGCCGCGGAGUUCCGCAAGGUGCAGGAACCGAUCCGGGACGCGCCGCACGCGGCGCUGAACGCGCUCGCCCGGGCGUACUUCCUCAUCGGGGACUUUCCGAGCGGCUUCGAGCUGUUCCGGGUCGUCUUACGGCGGCGGGAGGUGCCGGACAUGCGCGACCUCAACGUGGCGCUGUCGGCGAUGGCGGAGGGCAGCCCGCGGUCGGCGGCGGCGUGGAUCAAGCGGAUGAUCAGGAGGGGCGUCGAGCCGGACGAGGUGACGUUCGGGACGGUGAUUCACCAGGCGUUCACGCACGACGACCGGGCGCUGGUGGAGUGGCUGCUCAGGACGGCGCGGACGCUCGGGCACGGCAAGCUGACGAACAAGUCGAUGUCGGCGUACAUACGGGGCCUGCUCUCGGAUCGCCGGAACGGGCAGGAGGGGCUGCGGCAGGCGCUGGAGAGCGCGAUGACGCUGAUCGAAUCGGCGGUGGGGGGGCCGUACGUGGCGACGGCGAACAUGGGGGAGCUGUGCGUGGCGACGGCGCUGGAGGCGGACAUGCCGGCGAUGGCGUUCAGGUUCUGGAAGAUGCUGAUCGCGGGGCGGACGGAGGAGGGGGACGCGGAGCAGGUGGGGCAGCGGCGGGCGAUUGCGACGCGGCUUCGGGCGCACGUGUCGGCGGGACGGAUGGGUGCGGGUGCGGCGGAGGGGAUGCUGCUGGAGCUGGAGGGGCUGGGCGUUCGUGUGUAGUGGCUGGUGUAUUUUCGCGGGCAAUAGAAGCGCGGACGUGAUUGGUGCGAUGGGGGCGAUGGGCGGCGUGAGAGUGCGGGGAAUCAGCCCCGGACCAGGUGGGAUCCCGGCCCGGGAGAAACUCGGGGGAGCGCACGUCUGUCUGGGGCGCGUGACCUGGGGUCGGACGCGCGCGCAGGCCCUGACGGGCGUCGGCCGGAUUGGGCCUUCGAUGCUGCAUCGGGCGAGAAGCGACGAGUCUAUGUCGAUAGCCUCCGCGAGACGGGCAAGCAACAGACAACAAGCACACUUCAAAAUCACCACCACCUCCUUCUCCGCCAAGCCCCCCACACCCC